AAACAAGGCGUUCCUUUUAUGUUGAAAAUGAGACCUGCUCUUGCUCUGCUUCCUCUUUUCGUUAUUUUCUUGUUUGCUGCUACUGUGGAAUCAAGAAAAGAUGCAGGGGAAUAUUGGAAAAUGGUAAUGAAAGAUCAGGAACUGCCAGAAGGAAUUCAAGGUCUUCUUCAGUUGACAUCUGAGAUCCAAACUGAAAACAACCCCAAGAUUCAAGAGCAACUCAAGCACAAAUGUGAAGAGCCUCUUGUCACAAAUACACAAGUUACCAUAGAAAAAAAGGUGUUCAAGGAAGAUUUUGAACCAAGACCCAGCAUCACUAAAUAUGAUGGUGAUGAGCCAUUAGUGAAAGUGAAUAGUGAAUUUGAACCCAGACCAAGCGUCACUAAAUAUGAUGGUGAUGAGCCACAAGUGAGUAGUGAAUUUGAACCCAGGCCAAGCUUAACCAAGUAUGACGGUGAAGAGCCACUAGUGAAUAGUGAGUUUGAACCCAGGCCAAGCGUAACCAAGUAUGACGGUGAAGAGCCACUAGUGAAUAGUGAAUUUGAACCAAGACCAAGUGUCACUAAGUAUGACGGUGAGGAACCACUAGUGAAUAAUAAAUUCGAACCCAGGCCAAGCGUCACUAAGUAUAAUGGUUAAAUGAAGAAGAAGAAUGCAAUUG